GCGGAGGCAAAGCGGGAGAGCGGUAGAUUGGGUGGCUAGAGAGGUCGGAGGUAAGUGGCCAGAGGAAUCGGGCGGACCCGGAACACAGACGCCUCGGGACCAUGACUUACGCUUAUCUCUUUAAGUACAUCAUCAUCGGAGACACAGGUGUGGGGAAGUCAUGCCUCCUCCUGCAGUUCACCGAUAAGCGGUUCCAGCCCGUGCACGACCUCACAAUAGGUGUGGAGUUUGGAGCGCGUAUGGUCAACAUUGAUGGAAAACAAAUCAAACUGCAAAUCUGGGAUACGGCUGGGCAAGAGUCCUUCCGUUCUAUCACCCGUUCCUACUACAGGGGAGCAGCUGGGGCACUGCUGGUGUACGACAUCACACGACGUGAAACCUUCAACCACCUGACCUCAUGGUUAGAGGAUGCCCGCCAGCACUCCAGCUCGAACAUGGUUAUCAUGCUGAUCGGAAAUAAGAGUGAUCUGGAAUCCCGGAGGGAUGUGAAAAGAGAAGAAGGAGAGGCCUUUGCUCGGGAGCAUGGCCUUAUAUUCAUGGAGACGUCAGCCAAGACGGCCUGCAAUGUUGAAGAGGCCUUCAUUAACACAGCCAAAGAAAUAUAUAGGAAGAUCCAGCAGGGUUUAUUUGAUGUCCACAAUGAGGCAAAUGGCAUUAAGAUUGGGCCCCAACAGUCAAUUUCAACAUCAUCAGGACCAAGUUCCUCACAGCGGAACUCUUGUGACGUAGGCUCUGACUCUGGCUGCUGCUGAACAUCUGACAUCUGGCCUGAACUCUUUUUUUUUUUUUUCCUUUCCUGGAACAGCUUUAGAUCAAUCAGCUUAAAGAAAGAGGUCUUACUUGCUUUGGCUGAGAGCAGGCUCUUUUCAGUGUGCUAUGUUUCACCCUUCACUUAAAACACCAGGAGAAAAUUGGGCCCUUACUAACCUGUCCUCCAUUAGGGACGCGAGUAACCAAAUAGAUCAGGGCUCCUCUCAUCCUCUGAUUUCUAAAAUGUUAGGAUCAAAGUCGAUUGUCACAGUAGUUAAAAAAUAAACAACUUACUAAGUAUCUACAUCUGUUUGCUAGGUGUGGUGGCACAUACCUAUAAUUCCAGCGCUCAGGAGUUUUGGCAGGAGGAUCUCCAUGAGCCUUGAAGUCAGUCUGGGCUACAUAAGUAUUACCAGGCUAAUAGUAUACACGGCUAACAUAGUAUCAUCCUGUCUCAAAAGGAAAAAGUAGAUAAAGGAGAAAAAAAUGCAUAUAUCUGUUCUUCACCUAAUUUUUAGUAGCUAGGGUGAAGGAUAUGCUGAUGGAACAUUUAGGACUAAGGAUCUGCAUAAUUUGGAUGAUAGCUCUGUACAUAGUAAUUUCAUUGAGUUUAUUUCUUUGCUGUGGAAACCCACUUGUCAUUUCAUAAGAGUUCCUCUAGAAGCUGGGUGCCUCGGUACCAUCUCAUUCCUAGUUUCUUUUUAUUUAUUGUGCACGUACAGAGCCUUAAAUACCAUUCUGCAGGAGCCCACCGCCUUGGUUUUUGAGACAGCAUCUCUCACAGGAACCUGGAGCUUCAUGAUUAGGCAAGGCUAGCUGGCCCUUUUCAUUGCUAGUUCCUGGUUGUUAACUACAGAACUUUGAGAGCAGCAGAGUUGGUGCUGGACCUGUAACCACAUCGUUUACUUAAGAAAAUGUUAGUUUUUCAUUUUGUUUAGGGGACCAGUUCUAGCAUUACAGUUUCUUUCACCAAAUUGAUUCCUACUGUUUCAUCCUUUCUUUUGCCUCAUUUUUUGUUUUGAUGUGCGUGCGUGCGUGCGUGCGUGCGUGCGUGUGUGUGUGUUGUUUGAGAGGGGCUGUGCUAGGGAUCAAAUCUAAGUUCUUGAACAUGCUAGGUAAGUGCUGUACCACUGAGCUGUACCCUUAGGAGCUUUCUCUUUUUUGUUUUGAGGCAAGUUGCCUAGGCUAGCCUUGAACUGUAGGCCUUAAAUUUGGGAUCCUGAUAUUCUAACCAUAUCUAUUAGACUUGUACUCUAAUCGAUCUAAUUGGCUUACUGAAGAUGACAUAUUUCUCCCAACUUCUGUAUUUCUGCACAUGCUCUUCCCUCUACUAACAUUCUGCUGACUUUCUCCUUGAGGAGAUUCUUGGUGACUGGCCUAGAGAGUUUAAGAAAUGAUUAAACACGGUGUCUCUUAGCAUUCCUAUUUCAAUUACUCAUAUGUGUAUCUAUUUGUUUUACCUUGUAAAUAUGUUUUGUAGGUUUUAUUUUUUUUUGGAGGGGGUCUGUCUCAUAUAGGAUGUAAGCUCUGUGAGAGCAGGGUCCAUGACAUUCCCAACCCAUCACAUCAUUCUUUACCUGUGCAAUUUAUGAUCUGGAAUUUGAGUGACAUACUUUAAAACUUAAGGCUUUAGACUUUAAAAGAAACAAAAGGCCUUAGAGUUGUGUCUUUGUAAAUGUUUCUGUUUUCCCCAUCUGCUUAUCCUGGGUUCUCUGCUGCUCUUCUCUCCUGCCUCCAUUCCGUGCCGAAUACAGUAGGAACGCGUGCAACAAGACUCAUCCGCUCUUAGACUGUGUGAUGCAGUUACCUCUGCUUCACCCAGCGCACCGCCUUCUGGGACAGCUGCUUUCUUUUUUACUUGUCUCAUUUUCUUUCACAGCACUGAGGUCUCACCAAAUUUUCUAAUUUUUAUUGUUAAUGACUGUUUUACUAUUAAAUAUAUGCAUGAUCCAA